GCCACUGCUCCGGAUUUGUAUAUAAGACUGAUAUAAGCCGGUUUUGUAACUGUAAUCUGAAUCAAUCAGUAUAUGACCGUGUUUUGAGCAGUUUCUAAAUAUGAGUUCUUUACAUUUGGCUGCAGGUUCUGAACAACCAGCUAAAGUUGAUGGAAAACUACGUCUGUAUUCCAUGGAAUUUUGCCCUUAUGCUCACAGAUCUAGAUUAGUGUUAAAGGCCAAGAACCUUCCACAUGAUAUUGUAAAUGUUAAUCUCAUGAACAAACCAGAAUGGCUUUUUAAAAUUCAUCCUGAAGGAAAAGUACCUACUUUGGAUACUGGUUCAGAAAUCAUUGUUGAGAGUUUGGAUAUCUGUAAUUAUUUGGAUGAUAAGUAUCCGGAACCCCCACUGUAUCCAUCUGAUGAAGCAACUAAGGCUAAAGAUAAGGAAUUGAUUCAGAAAAUUGGUUCAUUGACUGCUGUCUUUACAAAGAUUAUUUUUAUGCAAGAGAAGAAGUCACCUGCUGAGUGGCUCGAAGAAUUGCUACCACACCUGAAUGUCUUUGAAGAAGAAUUAAAAAAGAGAGGCACUGUGUAUUUUGGUGGCUCAAAUCCAGGCAUGGUUGAUUACAUGCUCUGGCCAUGGGGUGAGAGAGCAAAGACCAUUGGAAUUAUUUUGGGAGAAAAGUUGCCAAUCUUGGAUGGCGAUUUACCCUGCUUGAGAUCUUGGAAAAAAGCUAUCAGAAAUCAUCCUGUUCCUGAUAGCAUGUAUAAUGGCCCAGAAAAAUUCUAUAAAGUAGUGCUGUUCAAAACGGCAGGACAUAAGCCAGAAUAUGAUAAGAUUUAAAGUGUUAUUCCAAGUUAAAUAAUGUACUUAUUUAAUUAAUUUUGAAAUCGCUAUUUGUUUUUUCUUUAUAAAUAUUUACUCGACUAUUAUAUUUUUAUUCAUUGUUAAUCUUUAUUUGUUGGUUGUGGAGCUACAAUAAAA